GUGGCUCCGGGCAACAGUCACAAGCCGUGUUGUCACGAGAGGCUUUGCGUUGUGCUGAGUGUUGGGGUAUACUGACGGGCAGCCAGAAAGUGGGUCAGCUCUAUUUCAUAUAAAUAGACUAUCGCUAAACUCCUCACAGGGGUAAUCCCUUUCCUAUCGCUGCCGCCACUUAUAACUCCUCACUCAACCAACCUCGUAACCGACUGUAGCCGAGGUUCAGGUUACGCGGCUUUCACAGGAACAGUUCAGGAUGGCGAACAUGGUCGGAGACUGGAAACUUGUGCCGGAGUUGACCACUGGCCAUGAUGAGUUUGCUAAAGCAAUGGGAAUGUCAGAUGCAGAACGCGAGGCAACUCGCAACCUCGUGUACACCUUCCAUCUGUCACGUGACGGUGAGGAAUGGUACAUGAAGGUGGUCACUGAAACUGGCGUCGUGUUUGUUGACAUCAAGUUCAAGAUGGACGUGCCCUUCUCCUAUCUCAGUCUCGACAAGACCACCAAACUGACGAGCCUCAUCACUCUGCAAAACGAGCACUUUCUCGAGAAGAUGACUUCAGAGAAGAACGGGGUCGUCAUGCACUGGGACGUGGACACCUACAGAGAUGGGGACUUCGUUAUUACCGCUCAGACCAAGGAUGGUGCAACGGAGAUACAGAAACUGAAGAAAGUCUAAAUUUAGUUCAGUCUUGGGCCCGCUUCUUAAGUGACUUACGACAUCUUCACAUGCGUCACACAUUUCAGUUCUAUUAUGCCUGUAGCGACGUAGACACGGCAUAUAUCAUUUCUUGUGUAGCUGGUUGAAGGACCUUGAGCAUUCCUUGAGUCAGUCCUA